UGUCACAAGCCUCCGAGUUGUCAAAUUGUUCAUAUUCCCCGGAUUCCCGACCCCGAGACUUGUCUACCCCAUAAACCCAUCUGCAUAUCCUCACCUCAAAGCUGCUUGGUUUUAGCGCAAGACUUAACACUCUACGUCACCCAUCACAACACCACCAACAUGACUCUCGCACUUGCCGAAUUUCCUUCCUCUGCCGCGUUCGACGCUAUCCAAGCCUCGCUCUCCGCAUCUCCCGCCGACCGCAAAGCCGCCAUCAAGUCUGGCAACGGCAUUUUCGCGUUCGUACUCAAGAACAACGGCAAGGAAGAGUCGUGGCACAUCGAUUUGAAGGAAACAGGCACAGUCGGUCGUGGCACAGCGCCAGAAGGCAAGAAGGCCGGUGUUACCCUUGUGCUCAACGACGCCGAGUUCCAGAAACUCGUCGAGGGCAAGGCGAACGCGCAGAAGCUGUUCAUGAGCGGCAAGCUGAAAGUAAAAGGCGACGUGAUGAAGGCGACGAAGCUGGAUCCCAUUCUCAAGAAGGCGCAAGCGCCCAAGAGCAAGUUGUAGAUACCUCAUAAUGCUAAGAAAGCGGAGGACACCGUUUCUCUAGGAGCCCUGCGCGGCACCUGUUCGCAAGUUUUGUACAACAAUAGAUAAGUGCGAUAUCUGCGAUCUGUUGUGUGCAUCCGCAUGAAUAAGUGUUAUUGGCCGACACUCACCGCUGCUACAUUGCUUUCCUCCCGCGAGAAAGAUCGUUGUCGUCAGAAAGGACACUGGCGCAAUGCGUCAAAUCAAGAUCCAAAUCGAGCUGACCUAGCCCUUCAGUGAAGGAGUUUAAUACAAGACAGACGUAGUC